GUGCACCGCCCCGUGCCGCGCCGAGCCGGGCGGAGCCGCGCUGAGCCGCGCCGGGCCGGGCUGCGGCGGUCGGUGCGAGCCCCCCCCGGCUCCCCGGAGGCGAGGCGGGGGCCGCGGCCGCCCCGGCCAUGCCCCCCGGAGCCUGAGGCCCGCGGCCGCGGCGCGCCCGCAGCAUGCGGAGGAUCCGGCGGCUGGUGCAUCUGGUGCUGUUCUGCCCCAUCUCCAAGGGCCUGCAGAGCCGCCUCCCGGGCAUCAAGGUGAAGUACCUGCUGGUGGUGUGGCUGGGCAUCUUCGUGGGCAGCUGGGUGGCCUACAUGCACUACGCGUCCUACUCGGAGCUGUGCCGCGGGCACGUCUGCCGCCUGAUCAUCUGUGACCAGUACAAGAAAGGAAUCAUUUCUGGCUCCACGUGCAAGGACCUGUGUGAGGAGCGCAGCCUCCUCUUCCAGCACUGCCUCUCCUCCUCUCCCACCCAGCAGGUUUACAGCGGGCUCUGGAGGGAGACGGAGGUGAUCAUCAAAUGUGGCAUCGAGGAAGCCCUGAAGGCAGACGGGCAUCCCGACUCCGUGCCCAGGAGGGACGUGGUCCUCUUCGACAAGCCGACACGAGGGACGUCGAUGGAUGAGUUCAAAGAAAUGCUGCUCAACUUCCUGAAGUCCAAGCUGGGAGAUCAGCCUUCCCUUGCAGGCCUGGUGAGCCGGAUCAUCGGCAUGGCAGAUGUGAACCGGGACGGGAAAGUCUCUUUGGCAGAGGCCAAAUCCAUCUGGGCUCUGCUUCAGCUCAACGAGUUCCUUCUCAUGUUCUCCUUGCAUGAGAAAGAGCACACUUCCAAACUGCUGGGGCACUGCGGGGACCUCUACGUCACCGAGAAGAUCCCCCACACCUCCCUCUAUGGGGUGGAUGUUCCCCCCUUCCUCCAGCCGCUGCUGCCUUCGGUCGUGCACCAAAUCAUCCACCAGUGGUUCGCACCAGCGUGGCCCCGGCGGGCGAAGAUCUCCAUCGGCCUCCUGGAGUUCGUGGAGGAGAUCUUCCACGGCACCUACGGGAACUUCUACAUCUGCGAGGCCAGCGUGAGGAACGUGGGCUACAACGACAAGUACGACUUCAAGAUGGUCAACCUGCGGAAGGUGGCGACGGAGAUGACAAUCCGAGGCUUCCUCAAGGGCCGUCACUGUGAGCAGAACGUGGACUGCACCUACGGGAAGGACUGCACGGCGACGUGCGACAAGCUCAUGAAGCAGUGCAAGAGCGACGUGGUGCAGCCCAACCUGGCCAAGGUGUGCGGGCUGCUGCAGGACUACUUGCUGUACGGGGCACCGCUGGAGCUGAAGGAGGAGCUGCAGAAGCAGCUCCGAACGUGCAUGACCCUCAGCGGCCUGGCCAGCCAGAUGGAGGUGCACCACUCCCUCGUGCUCAACAACCUCAAGACCUUGCUCUGGAAGAAGAUUUCAAACACCAAAUACUCCUAACGGCGGGAGCACGGCCCUGGAGUUUAGAAUCCGCGAUCUUGGAGUAGAGUCCAAGGGCUGAAGGCCUGUUUCUCCAUCCUCUCUCCCACAGGCAAAUACACCCUGCGCAGGGAGCUCAGCAUAGCUGCAGCCCCUUCUCCCUCACGGAAAACCAAGCGUCAUGACUUCCACCGCCCAGCAGGACCAUCGGGAUCAUCCACAGAGCCGGCAGGAGCGUGCUGCGGGGCCGGGACAGCGGGGCCGGGCUGAGCCUGGGGGAAGAUGAGACGGGAAGCGAGGAGGAAGCGGAGCCCAGCUGGAGGCAUCAAACUGUUCCUUGAUUAACAGGAAAGCAGCGCAGAGAUGAGAAUGAAUCAUUCGUGCUGUUCUUGUCACAUCAUCUUCUGAUGAACGUCUCUGAUGUAAAUAAAUGGCUUUUACGUGAAUGGCACCAGCACAUCAGUAGCGACACAGCAGCCUCUGAGCACCCGCCUGCUCGGGAUCUGGACAGGAGGAAAAGGUAGAUUUCCCCAUCCAAAAGCAUCUACUAGAGUGUCUGAGUCAUCUGCCACCAGAUCCAGCUGUGGCUUAGGAAGCAAAUCAGCUUUUCCACAGCAGAGAGGCCUGGCAGUUCCCUCAUUCCUUCUGAAGUGCCUGACCCCAGACAGGGAUGUGGUGGCUCGUGCCAGGCUCCCACCAGCUCCUGCCCACAGCCUGGAGCUGGCAGCACAGGCCAUUCCCUCGCACACGUUCUGGCUUUGGAAGCAUCUAAAGCCAAGAAGAGCUUAAAGGAAAAGGGCUAAACCUGAACAGUUCUGACUGUGUGUUCCUGCCCACAGUGCUCAGAGCAGGGAUAAGCCAACCCCUGGGUUUAAUUCUCCUAAACCCAAGAUGGGCUUGCACUGCAGAGGUUAAAGAUUAACGCCAGAAUAAUCCAGUGCUGCUCUCAUUAGUUAAAUGAAUCUGCAGGCAAGGUUGCAGCAGGCUCCCAGACACUUGGUUGCUGUGUAGAUGCUACCAGGGCUCUAUAUUCUGUUUCCUUUAAUUAUAGCAACCUUUUAAACGUGGGGGUAGAGGGCAGGAGUUUUUGUGUCCUACCCCAAGCUUGCUCAGUCAUAUUCCUGCUGACAGGCCACAUGGCAGUGCUCUCCCCAGCAACUGCUUAGUGAAGUGGAGCAUGUAUCUGAAGCAAUCACAAAGGAAGCGCAUCUGACAGCAUCUCCCAUGUGCAGGCAAGCGGGAGUGUCACCACUGCAGAUGUAUGGGUCCUUUGGAGGAGAUGCACCAGGUUUUCCUUCUAUUAGUUCCAUAGGAUCAUCCUUACCUCUCACUGUUGUUUAUGGAGGGAAUGUUUCAGUGUCAGCAGCGCUCUCAAUGCUGGUGCAGCUUCCCAGAGGGGCUGGCUGGGCAGCAUCACUCACCUGUGGUCAGGAUGAGCUCUUGUGGGGCUGGUUUGAAGGGUGGCCAGUCCCUCAGCUAAUUCAGGAGGGUCACAAUGACCAAAGCCCAUCUCGAGGUAUGGAGGGCACCCCACGUCACCCGUGUGGAGUGGGAGCACUGGGUGGAGGGUGAAGGAGAGGGCUGGAAUUGGGUGAUGCAGCUCCAUGGAGCCACCCAGCUCCUCGUCUCUUGUCCUGCACUCCCAUGGCAACCAGCUCCAGAGGAAUCAUUUUCUUCUGCUAUUAGAAAAAGGAACCCAACACCCACAGCAGAUCCUCUCCUCAGGUGCUCAGGAAAGCAAUUCCUCACCAUCUCUUCUCUGUUUGCACUUAAUCCACCACUCCCUUCCCCCAAAGCAGUGGUAGAUAAAGCAGGUGAGCACCCAGCAGUAGGGAAAAACCACCAUGGUCCUCACUUACCUACAUGAUCCUAGAUACCAGAGCCUCUUAAGUAUGAAGUUCAAGGAGAAAACCAGCCCCUGUGCUUGAAGAACUCAUCAAGGCAGCUUUAUUCAAAGACACCUGCAAUGGGAACUGCCACAUUCCCGUGUGAUUAACCCAUACAGCAAUGGACACACUCCCAGGAAUCACUCAUAACUCACCCCCUGAGAACACUGAGUUUUGUUCAUCAUUAAUACAAAGCACGAGUGUUUUCACACAUGUGCUCAUGGUUUACAAGCUACACCACAAUACGGGAGAGAAAUGACUAAAGGCAAAGCUAUUUCACACUCGGCUCCAGCUUUCCCACAUUAGCUGGAAAAAAGAGGAAAACCAGAAUGCUGGAAGAGUGACAAUCCCAUCUCAGCUGCUUUAGCAGCACAGAUUCGAGCCACAAGGGGCUGGAGGUCAGCAGCAAGGCUUCUACCUGUCACUGUUUAAAGCAAAAAGCCAUCCCAGUUCUCACAGCCACAAAUAAGUUUUAAAUCCUAGAAUGGUUAAAAAAAAAAGCUAUUACUUGAGGUGCUACAAACACACAAACAGAUCACUCCAGGCUCACUGUAGGUGGCAUCUUUAUUUAGUUGUUUGGGGUUUUUUAUAAUCCUUCUUACCAUGUAGGGAAAACACAGAUUGAAACCAGAGUGCUUCAGAAUGUGAAAACAGCUCACGAGCAGAGAUGAGUGGGAGAAGGGCAAGGUUACAGCUCUCGAGGUUAUUCAACAGCAGCACAGCAGAAAGGACACAGAGCACAACAGUCAUCACUUCUCCUAAACAUCCGAGCACGCAGGUUGCAGGAAACACUCAGAACCAGCAGCAGCAUCACACACGCUUCGGCUGCUGUGAGCCUGAACCCACGUUGAAAAGAUGAAGCUUCAGCAACCUACAGAUCCUCGGUGCAGACACCACCACCCGCUUCACUGCUGCAGCAGCCAGCUUUGCUGGAACUCCAAACCUCACGGCAUGAUCUGCAAACAAGAGAAGGCCCCGGGUGUGAGACAACUCCAAACGCAGCAGCAAAAUCAAUACCACGCAGCCAGGCUCCUGCUGGUCACUGCAGCUCCUCAGGACACAUAAUUCAGCUGAUUGAAGCAUCACAUCAGGUUUGUCUUGGGACUGUCCAAAGACUUUUCACAUCCCAAAGGAAAUAAAAAAAAAGCUUCAUAAAACGCAACCAAAUUUUAGGGCAGUCAUCAGCUGGGCUGGGUUAUCACGAUUCACAGGGAAGCUUCACAAAGCAACUUACUCUGACCCCCAAACACCCUAUCACUGCAGUCAGUGGAAGCCAAGCGCCUGCAAACCUGAGUCAAACAGGACCUAAAGCAGUGACAGGAGGCAGGUGACACAAACUGGACUCGUUUAGGACAGGUUCUUUGCCACUAGAACAGAAAGGCUUUGAAAAGAAUCUUCUGGCUUGGCAGAGCACUUGGGUGAGUCCAGGAAGGGGGUAAUUUAACAGCACUGCCAGAGCCUGCUCAUGGUUAUUCUUUCCCUCUCAGGCUCCCUAAAAAUCAAAGGGGAGUUUGCCAACCUCACUGCAGAGGCAACUAUUCAGAGUGCAGGGAGAGAAAAACUGGGCUUAUUCCAGCCUUCAAAGCCAGGGCAUAAACCAGUACUAAUGAUGAAGGGCCAAGUUAACGUGCACAAAGACUUUUCAUUUCUCUCAAACCCACUUUAAUACAAAAUAUUCACCUUUUCCCCAGCUGAGAGCCACCCAGCAAUAUUCAUAGCCUGGGACUGCUUCUCAGGCUGGGGAAGAUGGUUUACAGCAAAUGCUAUUAGGAACAUUUUAAUAGUUCUCCUAUGCCUCAUGCAGUAAAGCUCUAGAAAGACACUCAUUAGGCACUCACUACCCCUACAGGACCCUUGAUGCAAGCAAAGUCUGAGCAAAAAUGACCCAAAUAUGUAUUUCAGGGUUAGAAGUCAGGGUAUUUAAAUAGAGUCCCCUCUUAGGGCACAGCUCUUUGCACAGCCAUAUCCCCAACCACCUUAUUAGCAUUCUUCCCAAAGCCGCUGCUGGUAGGCACUGCCUUUUCCCAAUUAAAUGGCUCAUUUUGCAGCCAGCAGCAGCCCACUUGGUUAAUGGCACCUCUGGCCCUCUAAUGCCCAUUUAAUGAGGACAUUUUCCACCAUCCAGCACUGCCAGGUUUUGUCAAGCCAUUAGUCACUGUAAAGCCUCAGUUUCACAAUACUCUGUGCGUGGCCAGAGCUUCUCUCACCACUUGCUUCUAAAUGACUUCGGGUUUUAGAAUCAAUUUGUUGCUUGAUUACCAAAAUCAAGCUUUUUAUUUAUUUCUUCAUUACAUCUAAGACACAAUCUCUCAUUAUCUGGUACGUCUGAGACACAAACAUGCUUUCAAUAUGCAGUAGCACCAGAGCCUGCCUUCAUCAUCUCAGGCACUUCAAUACACAUAACACUGGAAGCUUUUAGCAAGUGUCUUGUUGUACUGACAGUUGCCCUUAGAAGGCUGCACUUGGGGAGCUGAGAAAGGCAGUUUAAGUGAAAUGAAAAAGGUGAAGAGUGUUUAAGGCUGCUUAUGAAAACUCUGCAUUAGCAAAGCAGAGGAACCUGAGCACUCCACCCAAGGCAGAGGUUUUCCAAUAAAAAAAGAUGCAAAACUACUGAAUUUAAGCUCUUCCUUCAAGUCUACACUAGCAGCAUUCUUUUAAUUGUUUUCAUUUGUCCCUGUCCUGGAAGGAGGACAGGAUGUGCCAACCCAAGGAUCCUACCAGAGACUCACUGUUUUGGCAAGACACUGAGGUCCAGUGUGUUUCCAAGUGACACCACACCUACCUUCAGCAGCUGAAGCAAGCUCCAGAACUCAGCCCUGUUCUCAACCGCAACUGUGAGGAGGAAAAACAUCUUCAGUUUGGGGUUUUUGGGGGUAAGGAGUGUUGAGUUGGUAAAUUAACAUUGGGAGCAGGGUGCAGCUUCCUCCCCAUGCUAAAUCCACACCUAAGUGUUUCUAGAUACAUCAAUACUUUGGAAACGACAAACUCAAGAGCCUGUUUUCCCCAUCCCCUCCACUCCCAAGUGAGAUUCUUGAUAUCCACAAAAUACUAAACCCUGCAGAACUCCAGAGGUGUCUUUUCACCAUCAGAACAGGCAGCAAGCAAGGGGCCCUUGCAGGCCAUAAAGGGUUGCUGAAGGCAAGAACAGAAUUCAAGAUUAGAGCUGUUACUUCUAUUUGUCCUUGCAAAAAAUAAAAGGACCUUCCCCUGAUGCAGUUAAAAUUGGCAUCAUUUUAACUGCUUUUCUAAGGAAUUUUGCUCUAUCUGCUGCUGAUUCUCUGGAGAAAGAGGUAAAUGUGGCAGCAGUGUCAAGCUACUGAGCUCUGAGCAGUUACAAGCUUCAGGCAUAGGAAGGCUCUUCAUUUCUGACUCCUCAUGAUACCAACAUGCCAGGAGAGCAAAUAUCCAAGGACUCAGGGCUAUUAGGACAGGGAAUACUGGAGUUUGCCAUUCCUCUGUAACAAUGAAAGAUGCAAUUGAAUAAACCUGAAUUAGAUUUUAACACA